AUGCACAAUAAACUUCUUACGAAUUAUGAUCGCAAUAGACGGCAUUUAACAGAUGACCCAAGCUGCCCUGUUUGUCACAAUGGCGUGGAAACCAUCUCUCAUGUGUUACGGGAUUGCUUGAUAGCCAAGGCCUUAUGGUUGAAGCUCCUACCCCUCUCGGAUAAUGCCAGGUUCUUUGAUUUGAACUUUAACGAUUGGAUGGUCGGUAACUUGCGGAAUGGUUCUACAGCCUGGGAAAAUCUUGAUUGGAGGAUGCUCUUUGGGUUUACCUGUUGGUACAUUUGGACAUGGCGGAACAAAUUGGUUUUUAACAACUCUCGGGUAGAUGGUUCCUCGAAGCCUAACAUCAUCCUCCAUGCAGUUCAUGCUUGUGUGGCGGCUUUUGAUGCUCUUGCUACAGUUGGGGAGGAAGAUCGUUUCAUUUGGUACGAUGAUCCCCCAUCAAGCGCAAGUCUUCUUCUCUUUGGAGAUAUUGUCGGAGUUGCUCAUCCACGGAUGAUUGGCUCAUAA